AUGGGGCGCAAAAGCACUGCGUGUCAGAACUGCAGAUCCAUUAAAGCCUUGUGCACGAAGCAGCUCCCCUGUGUGCGCUGCAAGCGGCUAUUGCUGUCAUGUCGGUACGAACCGACCACUUUCUUGGAAAAUGACCGUCGAAAGCCUUUCCCCAAAGCAGGGAUCACCAAGGCCAAGCACACGAAAUCUCAGAGUGGCUGUCUCGGUUGUCGGCGACGCCGGAAAAAGUGCGACGAAAAGCAGCCGGCAUGUGCGGACUGUGAACGCCUCCGCCUGCCAUGUAUACGGCCAGGAGACCAUGUACAUGAGCUCGGCGGGCGGAGUGAAUGUGGUGUGGAAAGUCACGCGGAAGAGACCGCUGAUGCACUCCUGGCCUUAGAUGCGUUCGGACUGUGGGCAGCGACCGAUUCACAGGGACGCAGGGGCCAAGACACAACAGCCAGCUUGACAUCCUUCUCGGACUGGUUGGCGCUGAUUGAGACGGAGAAUAUUGCAGAAACAAUUAGCAAUGCGGAUCUUGCCGGGAGCACCGCGCUCGUGAACACAGGUCACUUCGGCAAUGACGGAUCGGAAAAUGUUGCCACCUUCCUACCUUGCACAGCAUUAAACAAAUUGACUGGGGUCACGCUUGACGCUGUGGCGAAAUGGAGAGCUGUAGAAAAGUAUUUACUUGACCACUUCCUUCAAUCAGUCUCACGCGCCCUGGUGAUUGCAGAGGACAAUGUUGAUCCCUUCCUCCGCGUGGUGGUGCCGAUGGCGCUGAAGAAUACCAUGGUGCAGCAUGCUUUGUUUGCGUUAUCAGCAUGCCAUUUAUCCCGGAUCUAUCCGGUUUUCGAAAGCGAUUUCUAUUUCCACCGCAGCAAGGCGUUACAGGAAUUAAUGUGCGAAUUGGAGGACCCUACAGCGUCCAGCUGCGCUGUGGCAGCGACUCUUCUACUGACUUUCACCGAGAUUUGCACUGGUACCUCUAGAAAAUGGAUAAUUCAUCUUCACGGGGCGAGGGCACUCUUAUCACAAGGAGUCAGUGAUAUGGUUGGCCCUCCAGCUGACACGCUUAUCGAGAUCUACAACUAUCUGUCCUGCAUGACCUCAGUCACGUCCGAAAUGGCACCUGGAAGAUUAGGUGACAGCCUUCAACUUUCCAGUUCCAAUGCCACACCCUCUACAUCUGCCUUCAUUCAUCCGUUGCUCGGCCUCUCAACCAGUAUCUACGAGUCGUUGGCAUCAAUCAGUCGUUUCGCUGCUCGCACCCGGAACAAGCCUCCUUCCUUGGAAGAGCUUGAAGAAACAAAAGAGAUCGAAAGGGCGCUGAAGGCUUGGCAGCCACCCAAGGUAGCUGCUCACAAUGAGUCCCGCAAUUUUACCGAAGCCAGAGCCAUGGGAUUUGCCUUGCAACAGGCUACAAUCAUGCGUCUGCAGCAGAUAACGAAGCGACUGGAGAACAACGAUCCCAAGAUUACAAAAGCAGCUGAUAGUAUUCUCUCGGCUUUAUCGCUCAUCCGACCUGGCUCUGAGAUAGAGGCGCACAUGCUAUUCCCUCUAUUCAUGGCAGGCGUGGGCAGCAUUACCAAGCCUCAUCGACUGACUAUUGAAUACCGGCUCAAAGUGAUGGAGGCUACUAUCGGAUUUGGGAAUAUCUCAAUUGCGCACAAACUUUUGGCUGAGAUUUGGCGGAAGGCAAACGAGGGAGAAUUGAUGGAUUGGGAGGAGCUGAUGAGGUGUAAAUACCCGGGGUUUAUUUUCCUUUGA